AGGGAGCCGAGCAAUGAGUAAUUUCCUGCUGCUGGUUUCUGUCUCGGAUGCAACAGCCCUUCUAUACUUUCCACAGUAUGCAUCCGAUGAAGUGAGCUGUAGCUCACGAAAGCUUAUGCUCAAAUAAAUUGGUUAGUCUCUAAGGUGCCACAAGUCCUCCUUUUCUUUUUGCGAAUACAGACUAACACGGCUGUUACUCUGAAAACAGCCCUUCUUUGUCUCUGCAGUUCCUGUCUCUUUGAUGAGCCACCUCAAGUGGCCCUGGCAGCAUGGAGAGUGCCGGGAGAGAACUGCUGGAGACCCUGGAAAAGCUGGGAGAGGGGGAGCUGCAGCGAUUCAAGGACAAACUGAGUGAAAUCCAGCCAAAGGAGGGAUACCAACAUCUCUCCUCUGGGAGCCUAAGAAAUGCGGAUCCCCCAGCCCUCACGGACCUGCUCCUCCUCUUCUAUGGGACGGACUAUGGGGCGGAGGUGGCUGCAGAGGUGCUGAGAGCCAUUGACCAAGGAGCCCUAGCAAAGAGAAUCGAGAGACUCAUUGAUGACAUGAGAAAUGGAUUUAUUUUUAAUGACUCCUCAGAGAAAGAGGUUUUCGAGUGGCACCAAAAGCUGCCGAAGGACCUUCUUUACCUGAGAAAAGGUUUCAUGUAUGAUCAGCAAUACCAGACAAGCAGAGCUGAGAAAACCAGCCAGGAGAAGAUGCAGAAGCUGUACGAGCUGGUGCUGAGAUGGGACAAAUGGCAGAAGGACCAGCUCUACUGGGUGCUGAAGGAAACAAACAAAGACCUGGUUGAAGAGCUGGAGGGGGGACACUUUGUUGACCGGCACCGAGAGCAGCUGAUCCAGCAAGUCCCAGAAGUGGACAGAGUCCUGAAGCUACUUCGGGGGCACACGCUAACCCCUGAGCAAUACCAGAGCAUCAGCACCGGGAGAUCCAAUGUGGAGCAAAUGCAGAAGCUGUACGAGCUGGUGCCGAGCUGGGGGAGGGAGCACAAGGACCAGCUCCACCUGGUGCUGUGGAUAACAAACAGAGAUCUUGUUGCUGAGCUUGAAGGGGAACAUUUUGUGGAUCGGCACCGGGAGCAGCUGAUUCAACGCACCUCCUCCGUUGACGCAGUCCUAGAUGUGCUUCAUAGGGUCAAGCUGCAACAUGAACUGCAGAAGCAAGGUGAACCGAUGAGGAGCUGUUGUACGUGGCACCAGAACCGACCCUACCCGGUGCUGAAGGCAGCAAACAAAAGCCUCAGUGAAGAGUUAGAGGAGCAACAAUAUCUCAAUUGCCCUCAACAAGAAUUGGCGCCACCUACUGGCAGGGGAAGAUUCCUUUGGGAUCGGCUGUUCACACUGGACAAUGAGCAAUACCAGACAAUCAGAGCUGAGAAAACCAGUCAGGAGAAGAUGAGGAAGCUGUACGAGCUGGUGCUGAGAUGGGACAAAGGGCAGAAGGACAAGCUCUACUGGGCGCUGAAGGAAACAAACAAAGACCUGGUUGAAGAGCUGGAGGGGGGACACUUUGUUGACCGGCACCGAGAGCAGCUGAUCCAGCAAGUCCCAGAAGUGGACAGAGUCCUGAAGCUACUUCGGGGGCACACGCUAACCCCUGAGCAAUACCAGAGCAUCAGCACCGGGAGGUCCAAUGUGGAGAAAAUGCAGAAGCUGUACGAGCUGGUGCUGAGCUGGGGGAGGGAGCACAAGGACCAGCUCCAGCAGGUGCUGUGGAUAACAAACAGAGCCCUUGUUGCUGAGCUUGAAGGGGAACAUUUUGUGGAUCGGCACCGGGAGCAGCUGAUUCAACGCACCUCCUCCGUUGACGCAGUCCUAGAUGUGCUUCAUAGGGUCAAGCUGCAACAUGAACUGCAGAAGCAAGGUGAACCGAUAACGAUCUAUGGUACGUGGCACCAGAACCGACCCUACCCGGUGCUGAAGGCAGCAAACAAAAGCCUCAGUGAAGAGUUAGAGGGCCAUCAAAGAAUCCACACAGGAGAGAAGCCCUAUGAUUGCCCCAAAUGUGGGAAAAGAUUCAAUGACAGCUCCAACCUUGCUCGCCAUCAGAGAAUCCACACUAGAGAGAAACUCUACAAAUGUGGUGAAUGUGGGAAGAGCUUCAAUUACAGCUCCAACCUCGCUCGACAUGAGGGACUCCACCUGGGACUGAAGCCUUACAACUGUCGUGAGUGUGGGAAGAGCUUCAGUGUGAAAUCAAACCUCAUCUGCCAUCAAAGAAUCCACACAGGAGAGAAGCCCAAUGAUUGCCCCAAAUAUGGGAAGAGCUUCAGCGACAGCUCCAGUUUUGCAGAACAUGAGAGAAUCCACAAGAGAGUGAGACGCAGGAGUGAAGAUGCCACUUCAGGCUCCUGGGGAAAGGACAAAUGUGACUUCUGUCGCAGAGAGAAGGGUUUUGCAGAAGUACAACCAGAGAUUUUGCCAGACCCGGAGGAGAAUCAGAAAACGUACAGGGUUCGCUUCCACCAGGCAGGCUCCUUCAGAUGCUCUGAAACUGAACUGGGGUUCGAGGUGAGGGCAGCAGUGACUGUCCAAUACGAAUAUGAAUCCUGGCGUUAUCAGACUGAACUGGAUAUGCAGCAGUGGAUGAUCGCCGGCCCUUUGUUCAACAUCUGGGCGGAACCGGCCGGGGCUGUGGCAGCUGUGCACCUCCCCCACUUCAUGUGCCUCGCAGCCCAGGUGAGUGCUGCUGGGUCCCUGAGCCCUGCUCCUAGCACAGGGGGAGAGGCUGACGUCUCCCAGAUGCGAAUCGCCCAUUUCGUUGAUGGGAGGAUGACACUGGAGAAGCCAACGCGAGUGAUGCCUUUCCACGCCGUGCUGGAGAACCCCAGCUUCUCCUGGGUGGGAGCUGUUUUCAGAAAAGGAAUAUCUCUGUUAUCUAGUCCAAUCCACAGUGUCACACUGCUCUACCGGGCACUCAGGGCUGAAAAUAUAACUCUCCACCUCUACUUGAUACCUGACAUCCUUGCAUUGAAAAAGGUAAUUGAUGAUAAUGAAAGGAGGUACAAAUCAAUACGUGUGCGCAAACCUCCUAAAACCAAGCCAUUGACCUGUGGCUCCCAUUAUACUGUAUCCAGCACAUCAAGGGUAGAGAUAACACCUGAGGAGCUGGAGUUCUGUUAUGUAGAUCCCCAGGAUGAACAUCCAUACAUGGAGAUUUACACCCAGGGCUUUGUGGACAGACUGGACCUCAGCUUGGUGAACCAAAGUGAUAAGCAACUGAUCUGGAAAGCCUUUUUGAGACCAGGUGACAUUGAGCACCGUUCACCAUCAACAGAACACCACACAGGAGGUGGCACAGGGAAGACAAUGAGAGAUCGCCUCCUGGACACCCUGAAAAACCUCCGAAAGGGAGAGCUGAAGGAGUUCAAGAGCAAACUGACUGACAUUGAGCUGGAGGAGGGAUACACCCAUAUACAUCAAUGUGACCUAGAGAAAGCAGAGCCUGUGGAGAUCACCGACCUACUGAUCCGUCGCUAUAAAGAGCACUAUGGGGUGAAGGUGACCCUGAUGGUGCUGAACGCCAUCAACCAGAGAGACCUGGCAGAGAGACUUCGCAGGGCAACAAGGGCUAGUCAGGAAUGAGCCGGGGGGGAAGAUCAGCCUCCCCUCUACAGGGGAUCCCACUGUGUCUCCAUCUCUGCAUCCUCCCUUGUCAUAAAUAGAGGGGAAGGGUAGCAACCUUUAUGUAUGCACAAGCAUAAAAUCCCUCCUUGUCAGCUAUACUGACUUGCCUUACCUGUAAGGGGUUAAGCAGUUCAAAUAACCGAGUUGGCACCUGACAAGAAGGACCAGUGAGGAAAGAAAAUACUUUCAAAUCUGGGGGGGAAGGAUUUGGUUGUUGGUCUCUUUUUUUGUUCGCUCUCCAGAUGGAGGGAGAAGCCAAGCAGGUAUAACAUCUCUUGAAAAUAUACCUGUAAUAAUCCAUCUAAAACCACAGAAAUUGUAAGUAGGGCAAGGAAAUGCAUUAGGUUAUCUUUUGUUUUGGCUUGUGAAUUUUCCUAUGCUAAGAGGUAGUUUUAUUCCUGUUUUUGUAACUGUGAAGCUGAGCCUA